AUGGCGCCGGGCAGAUCGACGAGGGCGACACGCGGGUCGCGCCAGGCCUCGGUCGUCCCAGAAGCACCCUUGGAUACUCCCGACAAUGCGCUACGGACACAAGUCGCAACCGUCUUCCGCGACGCCCAAAAGACCACCGCAUCCCAUCGCAAGCUGGCCGUGACCCUGCGCAAGAUCCAAGAAGCAUGCUGCUACGAGCCGACGAGUACAAAGAAGCCCGCCGAGGCCGACGAGUUCGAGGAAGAUGACUUCAACAAGGAAUUUGUGCGCUGCGUUCUGCGCGUUAUGCCCAUCAAGAAGAGCGAAGGAGUCGGCGAGAAGACGGUCCGCUUCAUCGGUCUGUUCCUGCGCCACGCCGUCGAGAAGGAUAACGAAAUUCUCGGCGAGGCCGACCCGGAUGCCAGCACCAUGCCCGAGACACCCAGUACCCGACUCACCGGACACUUGAUGGAAACCGUUCUUCCCUUGAUGAUCGCCAAGGACAAGUUCGUGCGCUACCGAUCAACUCAGCUCAUAUCCCAUAUCAUCAACUCUCUCGACGCGAUUGACGACGACCUCUUCCAGAAACUGCGGUCGAGUCUACUUAGGAGGAUUCGCGACAAGGAGGCCAUGGUGCGCGCACAAGCUGUGUUGGGUCUUGGACGCUUGGCAGGCAACCAGAUUGAGGGUGAACCGGAUUCCGAUGAUAGUGACGAUGAUGGAUCGACCGGUCUCCUCGAAAAGCUCCUCGAAGUCUUGCAGAACGACCCUAGUGCCGAUGUGAGGAGGUCUCUCCUGGUUAACCUGCCGAUUUUGCCCACGACCCUACCAUAUCUGCUGGAGCGAGCACGCGACCAAGAUGCGCUUACGCGGCGCGCUGUCUACUCCCGUCUUCUGCCUGCGCUGGGUGACUUCCGCCACUUGUCACUAUCUAUGAGAGAGAAGCUUCUUCGCUGGGGUCUACGCGACAGAGAUGAGAAUGUGCGCAAGGCUGCCUGCCGCCUAUUCCGUGAAAGAUGGAUCGAGGACUGCGCCGGUACUGCGCCUCCCGUUGAAGGAGGCCAGCCUUCUGAGGUGUCACCUCCAAGCAUGGAGGCCCUGCUGGAGCUCCUGGAGCGCAUUGAUGUUGUCAACUCUGGAGGAGAGAACGGUGUCGCUCUUGAGGCUAUGAAGGGCUUCUGGGAGGGCCGUGCUGAUUACAGAAAUGCAGUAAACUUUGAUGACAACUUCUGGGAGACACUCAGCUCAGAAUCCGUGUUUGUUGCCCGGACAUUUAACGACUUCUGUAGGAACGAGGGCAAUGGGAAAUAUGAAUCCCUUGUCGACCAGAAGCUACCCGAAGUUACCAAACUCGCAUUCUACUUGGAACGAUACGUCAAGGUGCUCAUCGAUGCCAUCAAGAGGAUCAACGAGCAGGAGGUGGAAGACGAAGAGGAGGAAGAGGACACCGUCGAACAAGAGUUCAUCGUGGAACAGCUUCUCCAUAUCGCCCUCACCCUGGAUUAUUCGGAUGAAGUCGGCCGUCGCAAGAUGUUCGCCCUUUUGCGACAAACCCUUUCUAUCCCGGAGCUUCCCGACGAAGUCACUAAACUUACUGUCCAGGUUCUGAGAGACCUUUGCGCCCCUGAUGCCGCCGGCGAGAAGGAGUUCUGCAGUAUUGUCCUUGAAGCCGUCGCCGACGUGCACGACACCAUCGUUGACGACGUUCCUGAUGAAGGCGAUAUUGAUGACAACGAGUCGUUCCACUCAGCUAGAUCCGAGGUCAGCGACGACGAAGAUUCUCAAUCUAAGAAAAAGAAGAACAAGGGUCCUGAACUGUCGGAGGAGGAGGCGGCCCAGAAGGCCAUCAAGGAGAUCAUGAUUAACAUGAAGUGUCUCCACAUUGUGCAGUGCAUGCUCACCAAUGUCGCUGGCAAUCUCCAGCAAAACGAUCAUCUUGUCUCCAUGCUCAACAACCUCGUCGUUCCCGCCGUCCGCAGCCACGAGGCCCCUGUUCGCGAGCGCGGUCUCGUCUGUCUCGGCCUUUGCUCGCUCCUCGACCGCUCGCUUGCCGAGGAGAACCUCACCCUGUUUAUGCAUUUCUUCGCCAAGGGCCACACUGCUCUCCAGAUCACCGCUCUGCAUAUCCUUACCGAUAUUCUCAACGUGCACGGCGCGCAGCUGCUCUCCAACAACACCAAUCUCCUCAAGGUUUACGUCAAGGCCCUGCGCGCCGGCGGCAGGUCUCCCGAGGUCCAGGCUGCCGCUACCGUGGCCGUCUCCAAGCUGCUUCUCGGCCGCGUUGUCAGCGAUGUUGACGUCUCUGCCGAGUUGCUCAAGACCCUUGUAAUUGCGUACUUUGAGCCCGCCAGUGCAGCGAACCAGAGCGUUAGGCAGGCGCUCAACUAUUUCUUGCCUGUAUUCUGCUACUCGCGGCCAGAGAACCAGGAUCUGAUGCGCCGGGUCGCGCUUGACGCGUUACACACCUUGUACAACGUGCGUGAAGGCCUGGACGACGAAGAGGCCGAUGUGGAUGAUCAGAUGGUGAGCAUGUCGACCAUCGCUGCCUGCUUGGUUGAUUGGACGGAUCCCAGGAAGUGCUACAACCCAGAUGAAGGAUUCAGCGCCGGUCUUGACCCCGAGAAGAAGACCGUUUCGGCAGAUGUUCACCUCGACUUCGCCAAAGAUAUUCUCGAAAGGUUGCAAGGGAACGGAGCCAAAGAAGAAAAGCGCAUCAUGGCCGCCCUCCUCGCGAAGCUCUACAUCCCCUCCGGCUCCUCCCCUUCCUCUUACCCCUCCUCUCCCACCAAGAUCCGCGACGUCUACGCCCUUGUCACCGACGCCGUCGAGAACAACCUGCUGUCGGACGCUACCUCCCGCAACGCCCUCUACAAGAUCCACGUCUCCCUCGGCAAGAUUGUCAACGCCCUCGACGCCGCUGCCGAGCAAGACGCCGCCAACAACGCCGCAGGCGCGGGCCGCCACGCCUCCAUCGCCUCAGGCGCCACAGGCCACAGAAGAAGUGCUAGCAGGGCAGGCAGCGUCGCUCCUAGCCGAGCGGGUAGUGUUGCGCCCCCGGCUAGCGAAGCUGGUGGAGGCGGGGCUGUCUCCAGAGCCGGCUCCGUCGCGCCGUCUGUGUCUGGUGCUGCUGUUGCUGCGGGUGCGCCUGUUAACACCAGGAAGAGAAAGGAGAGAGAAGUCAGUGUUGCUGUUUCCAUCAAGGAGGAAGAUGAAGACGAAGAAGAUGUAGAAAUGGGCGGCACCCAAGUCGGCGAUAAUGAUGGUGAUGAUGCUGACGAUCGCGAAACAACGCCAAAACCGGCGAAUACGACUGCAACAGAAGCUCAGGAGACGCCAGGCACGGAACAGAGGAGGUUGCUGAGAGGCGUUUCUGUUAGGAGCAGGACUAGUAGGAGGCAGAGUUCGCAGAGUGUGGUUAGUGUGCAACCACCGCAGAAGCAACAAGAGGAGGAGCAGGAGGAAGACGAGCAAGAAGAGGAAGAACAACAACCACCGACUACUGGGAGGAGAGGGAGUAGGAGGGCUAGUGCUAUGAAGGCCAAGGCAAGGUUGAGCGCUGCUGGACGGAGCAGUAGAGCGGGUACGGAGGAAAGUAUUGUGGAGGAGAUAUUGAACGAUAGUGAUGAGGAUACAGUGAUGGAGAGGAUGAAGAUUGAGGAGGUGGUGGAAGAGGAGAAAGAAGAAGAAGAGAAGGAAGUGGAGGAGGAGGAGGGAGAUGAAGAAGAGGUUGAGGAGGAAGAAGGAGACGGAGAGGGUGGGGAAGAGGACGGAGAAGAAGACGAAGACGGCGGGGAUGAUGAUGAAGACGGAGAAGAUGAAGGGAAAGAUGAUGAUGAGCUUGUUGACGAGUUAUUGUCGGACGAUGACGAGGACUCGGAAUAG